UUUUUGCGGUAUUUGAAUCAAAAACAUAUUUUACUUGAAAUGAGCAUGUCAUCGCUUUGCUCAUGAGAUUUCAAAUUAUUUGCUAAAAUAGAAACAAAAUGUAGAUGGCAGUAACGUAACGAGCGACGAUGUAAAUGGCACGAAGAAGAAUCACCGGAAGUAGGAGAAGCGGGAGAUUGAAAGACGUAAACCUUUUGUUGGUGUGAACUUUUGCCAAAAUGCUGAACAAGGCGCCUAAACUGAAACAAACAGUUAAAACGAAAAUGAGGAGUAACAUAAAUGUGAGGCCGGCGUCAGAGGCAAUGAUUGAACUCCUGACACUGCUCUUCUUGAGCAGCCUGGCCGAAGAGGCGAAGGCCAAAGCUUUUGAAGAAAAAUCUGCAACGAUCAGAGCUCAACAUGUCAAAGCAGUCUCUAAGAAAUUGCUGAAAAAGGCAAGAGGAUGAAGACCGUGAAGUGUGGCACCUUCACUUUUAUAAACAUUAUUACUAAUGACAUUUUUAGCUUUUUUGUGAUUACAUAUUUUGUUCUGUUUUUUUCUGAACUGUACAUCUUUAUGUUUUUAACUCUAUCCCUGUAUCUCUUUUCCUGUCAUAAGUUUUUGUUCUUUAUUAAAUUCAUUGUGAAUCUUA